GCAUGAUUUUCAGGCAGUUGGAGUAAACUAGAGGUGACAAGAGUAGAGUAUUGACUUGAGGAAGUUGAUCGUGGAGAAGAUGGCGGAAACUGAGGUUUUGUUUGAAACUGUUAGUGAGUCCGGUGAAGCUAAUAGUACAGAAAGUGACAAUGAGUGGCGAAGAAAAGGGGAAACAAAAGAAGUAAUGCUGUGGUGUAAAAUAGGAAACCACUAGACUUUUUGUUGUCAGAGUGAGGGUUUUGGAUCAAUGCUACUUGGGAAAUCCGUUUAACGUCUCAAGGAAAAUCUGGAAUGUGUGUUGGAGGAAAGUGUGGAGUCGGUGAGAGUCACCGGAAGUGGUCGUAUUUAGAUUUUUUUUUGUGUGUCUGCCGAGCAGAAGAAGCGUACUUUAAGACUCAAAAAGAUAUAGGAGUGGAAUAUUUCCUGUAUGGAUUUUCGUAGCCAGGCGCAUAUCAAGGGAGUUUUUUUCUAUGGUGCCGCAAGAAAAAGGCAGAGGAUAUUACUGAAGACAUCGAUGGAGUGGUUGGUUCACGUCGACUGACCUGUAUGGUGGAUGGAAAAAAUGAAUUCACUUCAUCCAUGCUACUGUUCUUUGAGGAAGUCUCUCCCUUCUCAAUUAAAGUUAAGAUUCAUGAGAUACCCUGUAAGAGCUUUUGUGCACGCGCCCCUUCAGUGUCAUGCAUGUAAAAUAUUUGGUCAUGUGUGUAGAAGGGAAGAGUAUCUAUGUCAGAUGGAGUGAAAUGCUGCAACUGUAAAGGUGAACAUGCCCCUGAAUUCCUGGAGUGCCCUGUUAGGGUGAAGGCGAAUGAGGUGGCAAGGGUAAGGAGUGUCCAGCGUGUCUCCUAUCUAGAGGCGGUGAGAAGAACAAGUGGCAGGGAAGAAACAAUGGUAGUAUAGCCACCACAACCAGUGAAGGGUUCUCAUCAACUGAGGGAUUGUGAAAUGCUACAUGUUAAAAAGGUGGACUUGAUAUUAUUUAUUGCAAUGGUCAUAAACUGUACAGCACAAGCGGAGAAGAAGUCUAAGAACUGGAAUCAUUGUGAAUGCCACUGAACGUUUUUUUGGGUCUUCGUGAUCCGAGGCCGUGCAAGAAUUCCUGUCGGUGAAUGUACUGCCAUCACAGGCCCCUGAGCCUGUGUAGGGAUGUAUUUUGGAGUGGACUGUGACUGAAGAACGGUAGGAAAGUCGACUUUCGCGCAACUCCUGCAGUUUGCUGGCCAAGACUGGGAAGUGGUUCCUGAGCCCGUGGGGAAAUGGCAGAGCGUUGAGAGUGGGUCUUCACAACAGAAGGUCAGUAACCUGUUGGAUAUGAUGUACCAGGACCCUCAGCGCUGGUCCUACACCUUUCAGACCAACUCCUGCAUGAGCCGCAUGCGCACCCAGCUGCAGCCACCACCAGCACGCCUGCUCAGAGCAGAGGGCGUCCCUGUGCAGGUCUUUGAGCGCUCUGUGUACAGUGAUAGGUAUGUAUUUGCCCUGAACAUGUUUGAGCUGGGCUGCAUCAACUCUACAGAGUGGGCUGUCUACCAGGACUGGCAUUCCUUCCUGGUGGAACAGUUUGGCCGUCAGGUGGAACUGGAGGGCAUAAUUUACCUCCGAGCCCCCCCACAGAAGUGUAUGGAGCGUCUGGGACAACGGGGGCGGGUGGAGGAGAAAGGAGUGCAGCUAGACUACCUGGAGAAACUACACACCCAGCAUGAGAGGUGGCUCAUAGACAAGAGCACUAAGCUGCACUUUGAGCGGUUGACCCGGGUGCCUGUAUUGGUGCUGGAUGCCAGUCUAGAGUUUGAGGAGGACCCUAAGGUAUGGGCCAAAUUUAUCACACAGGUGAAGGACUUCUUCAGUGGACUAUGACGUACAGUCAGUUGUGCGGUUAUGAACUCCAUGGGAUCAAGAUAUCUGCAACCAUUUGGACCUCAGUCAGUAUAUGGCAUUUACAAAUGUAAACUUGCAACUGUUCUGUCUGAUUUAUCCCCCACAUCCUUUCACUAUAUCCUCACUUAUUUUGGGGUAUGUCAAAAUUCCAAUUGUGGGGUUUCCGUUGGCUAAUUACAGAUUUCAGUAUGCUUUUAACCAUGUUUGUUAAUAUAGAAUGAAAUCUAUAUUGGACCAUAUUCAACAUAAAUAAAGAAGCCGUUUUUGGAUUGUUAUCUGGGAACUGUAAAAAAAAGUAGGCCACAAUCUGAUGCAAAUAUUGUCUGGUGUUGUAGGAAAUUCUAACCAAUAAGGAGAGACUUAUUUCUUCAAACAAUCAUACUUUAAUAUCGAUUAAUUAUUGCAAUUAUGGAGCUGAUCAACGUUAAGAGCCCAACAAUACAGGAGGUCUUAGAGUAGACCUAAAAAUGGUUCCACCCCUCCCCGGCAGAUCAGGGCAUCAGAAGCCACCUUGUUUUCUUCUUGUGGCUAUGUGUAUCGGGUCAUAGCGCACAAACAAGUAAUGUUAGUUCCGUUACUCCUCUGUUCAAACCAGACUCUGUUCACCUCAUAUCUCCACACAGCUGUGCCCUUGAAAGAUAUGAGAAGAACGGGAUGGACUGAGACACUGUGGUCACUCUCAGGAGGCAGAGUGAAAAAAUGCCUUCAAACAGACAGUGGAAAUUUACAGGUUUAAGGCUCGUACAGCACAUGUGCAUAGAAGUAGUCUGUUACAGAUGUUGUUUCUCUAUAUUGGUUUCGACUUCAAUGUUACUUUGGGUAUUUAGUUAUUUACUUAUUCCUGUAUUUAAGGUGUCAGUUGCAUCCUAUUUUAGCUGCUUUGACAUGUAAUUCAGAAUACCGCAUCAAUAAAUAUUCUAUACACAAAUUGUGGAUGCAUUUUGUAGCCAAAUUAAUAAAUGUAAUUAAAGUUG